UUUUAUUAAAAUCUUAUGUAGAUGUAUAGAAACAUUCAAAUAUGUGUGCGUGAUGGCGUUCAUUUUUCUAAUAAAUAUUUAAUGUGAUGAAAAAUAGUACUUAGUUGGAAAGUGUCGCAUCACGAUUAAUGACGUGGAUGUAGGUUAGGUUAUGCCCCUCGUUAUAAUUCUUGUUAUAAUUCAAGAAUCUUGUUGAAGCAUUGUAAUAAAAAUAAUUUAAAAGUCCAACAUUAUACGGUUAUAAUGUUUGAGAUUACAGAUACACAAAAAAUUGGAGUGGGCCUAGCUGGAUUUGGAAUAUCUUUCCUUUUUCUUGGAGUUUUACUGCUUUUUGACAAAGGUCUUCUUGCUAUUGGAAAUAUCCUGUUUAUAUCUGGAUUAGCAUGUGUUAUUGGACCAAGGAGAACUCUAAACUUCUUUUUUCAGAAACAUAAGAUAAAAGCUAGUAUCUCAUUUCUAGGAGGUAUUAUUGUAGUCCUUAUGGGUUGGCCUAUUGUAGGCAUGAUCUUAGAAACAUAUGGUUUUGUAUUAUUAUUCAGUGGUUUUCUACCAGUAGCAAUAAACUUUUUACGGAGAGUACCUCUUUUGGGUACCAUUUUAAAUAUGCCAGGUUUAAGUCGAAUUCUUGAUAUGAUAGCAGGGGAUUCGAAUAGAACGACUGUAUGAUACCGUUCUUAAUACCGUCGCUCAAACACUGUAUAUAAGAUCUAUUUUAUAUUAUGUCCCAAGUUUUUCUGUCAUUCCUCUUUAGGAUUCCAUAGAUCUCUUUUUGUAUUGUGUAAAUAUCAAGCAUAACCAUCAAAGUUCAAUUGCAUCUCAGUCAUUCAUUUUAAGAAUAGUCUUAUAUAAAAUAAUAUAUAAAUCAUUUUCAUAUAAAUUAAUGUAUUAUUGUAAUGUGUGUAAGUGUUGUUAAAAUCGUUGGAAAAAUUCAAAUUCAGGAGUAGUUUCAUUUAAAAUCUGAGUAAAGUAUGUCUUUUCACUUAAAACUACUUAAUUUGCUGUAUCAGCAGGUUAAUCAAUAAAAUCUUGUACUUUUCAUUUGAAUCGCUUGUAAGGAUACAGUUCAUUUAAUGAAACGUCCGAAAUGAUGAACGUCUAAUGAAUGUGCAUUGAAAUACAAUUUUACUACUAUAAAAAUGUGUAUAAUUUUAUCAUUUCUAUUUGCCUCAUGAAAAUAAAACUAAAAUAUUAUGAAAUAAAGUUUGGGAUUCAAGAAAAAUACGAUAAAUGAAUUUUAUAUCAGUUUUAUUGAUUUUGUCGUCUUUUUUGCAUACAUCCUAACAUGAACAUAUUGGAUGCACGCACUCAAAAGUAACGCUUCUCAUUAUCUUACACGUAGUUGUUUGAAGUGCGAAAUUAAAUUACUGUUCACUGAAACUCGACGAACUUCAUGGAUAUCAUUAAUAUGAUCAAUUAUUAAUUAUCUACAACGGGCCGAGAAUAAGGGCGGGGGGCGGCCCAAGUCUACGCGCCCCGCCAUCGCCGUAAUGAUAUUUCGUCGCGCGUCCUUCUCGUUCAAUUGUAUACUUCGGUUUUUAUUUUCUUUUUAAUUUUUUUUCUUUAUUGUUUAGGUAAUUACUUUCACUACUUUAUGUCCCGACCAUCGUCUACAUAAUCACAUGUAUCAAACAUUUCAUAUCCAUUAUGUAGGUAAUUACACGCCCUUGAUUCCUUAGAUAUAUUAUAAAUAUAUCUUCCUCUUUGUUUCUCACAAAAAUGGAAUAUGAAAAUAGCACAUGUGUACCCUUGCAAGAAAAUACUGAAUUCGGCAAUAAAUUAAGCGAAUU